AUGCCACCGCCUGCAGACAUCGUCAAGGUGGCCAUAGAAUGGCCGGGUGCCUACCCCAAGCUCAUGGAGAUCGACCAGAAAAAACCACUGUCUGCAAUAAUAAAGGAAGUCUGUGAUGGGUGGUCCCUUGCAAACCAUGAGUACUUUGCGCUGCAGCAUGCUGAUAGCUCCAACUUCUACAUCACAGAGAAGAAUCGAAAUGAAAUAAAAAAUGGCACUAUCCUUCGAUUAACCACAUCUCCGGCUCAAAACGCCCAGCAGCUCCAUGAGCGAAUCCAGUCAUCAAGUAUGGACGCCAAGCUGGAGGCCCUGAAAGACUUGGCCAGUCUCUCCCGGGACGUCACAUUUGCCCAGGAGUUUAUAAAUCUGGAUGGCAUCUCUCUCCUCACACAGAUGGUGGAAAGCGGCACCGAACGAUACCAGAAAUUGCAGAAGAUCAUGAAGCCUUGCUUUGGAGACAUGCUGUCCUUCACCCUGACGGCCUUUGUGGAGCUGAUGGACCAUGGGAUAGUGUCCUGGGAUACGUUUUCGGUGGCAUUCAUUAAGAAGAUAGCAAGUUUUGUCAACAAGUCGGCCAUAGAUGUCUCCAUCCUGCAACGGUCCUUGGCCAUUCUGGAGUCCAUGGUGCUCAAUAGCCACGAUCUCUACCAGAAGGUGGCGCAAGAGAUCACUAUCGGCCAACUCAUUCCCCAUCUUCAAGGGACAGAUCAAGAAAUCCAGACCUAUACCAUUGCAGUGAUUAAUGCACUUUUCCUAAAGGCCCCUGAUGAGAGGAGGCAGGAGAUGGCAAAUAUUUUGGCUCAGAAGCAAUUGCGUUCCAUCAUCUUAACACAUGUCAUCCGAGCUCAGCGGGCCAUCAACAAUGAAAUGGCACACCAGCUGUAUGUGCUGCAGGUGCUGACCUUUAACCUUUUGGAAGAUAGGAUGAUGACCAAGAUGGACCCCCAGGACCAGGCUCAGCGGGACAUCAUAUUUGAACUUCGAAGAAUUGCUUUUGAUGCAGAGUCUGAACCAAAUAAUAGCAGUGGCAGCAUGGAGAAGCGCAAGUCCAUGUAUACCCGGGAUUAUAAAAAACUUGGCUUCAUAAAUCAUGUCAACCCCGCCAUGGACUUUACCCAGACCCCUCCUGGGAUGUUAGCUCUGGACAACAUGCUGUACUUCGCCAAGCACCAUCAGGAUGCCUACAUCCGGAUUGUGCUUGAGAAUAGUAGCCGAGAAGAUAAGCAUGAAUGUCCAUUUGGCCGCAGUAGUAUAGAGCUGACCAAGAUGCUGUGUGAAAUCCUGAAAGUGGGAGAGCUGCCUAGUGAGACCUGCAACGAUUUCCACCCAAUGUUCUUCACCCAUGACAGAUCCUUCGAGGAGUUUUUCUGCAUCUGUAUCCAGCUCCUGAACAAGACAUGGAAGGAAAUGAGGGCGACUUCUGAAGACUUCAACAAGGUAAUGCAGGUGGUGAAGGAACAGGUUAUGAGAGCUCUUACAACCAAGCCUAGCUCCCUGGACCAGUUCAAGAGCAAACUGCAGAACCUGAGCUACACAGAGAUCCUGAAAAUCCGCCAGUCUGAGAGGAUGAACCAGGAAGAUUUCCAGUCUCGCCCGAUUUUGGAACUAAAGGAGAAGAUUCAGCCAGAAAUCUUGGAGCUGAUCAAACAACAACGCCUGAACCGCCUCGUAGAAGGGACCUGCUUUAGGAAACUCAACUGCCGGCGGAGGCAAGACAAGUUUUGGUAUUGUCGGCUCUCACCAAACCACAAGGUCCUGCAUUAUGGAGAUCUGGAAGAAAGUCCCCAGGGAGAAGUGCCCCAUGAUUCCUUGCAGGACAAACUGCCGGUGGCAGAUAUCAAAGCUGUGGUGACGGGAAAGGACUGCCCUCAUAUGAAAGAGAAAGGUGCCCUUAAACAAAAUAAGGAGGUGCUUGAACUUGCUUUCUCGAUCUUGUAUGACUCAAACUGCCAACUGAACUUCAUAGCUCCUGACAAGCAUGAGUACUGUAUCUGGACAGAUGGGCUGAAUGCGCUGCUGGGGAAAGACAUGAUGAGUGACCUGACACGGAAUGACUUGGACACGCUGCUCAGCAUGGAAAUCAAGCUCCGCCUCCUGGACCUGGAAAACAUUCAGAUCCCUGACGCGCCUCCACCCAUCCCCAAGGAGCCCAGCAACUAUGACUUCGUCUAUGACUGUAAUUGA